AUGGCUCCUCCAAAGCCAUUAGUUAUUCUUCCCAAUCAUGAGAAGUCAUGGGCUAGAACUAUCAGACAAAACCGCCGUUCACUUCCCGGGACGAACCCCUCCACCGUGUCCCUCAACAACCUUCAGCAGCAUCUAAACUUGGCUUCAAAGGUCACGCUCCCGGACUGGUUGUUGCUGAAGGCUCUGUUCAUCAAGGAAGGCAAAAGCCCAACCCCCACCAACCUCUUUGGCGAGGAAAUCGGGGCCUCUCUUGAAAAGGAAUGCCGUCUGCAUCUUCAAGGUCAACGUUGGUGGCCAGCACUUGAGUCAAAGAACGGAGACGCUGAAGCCUGGUAUAUCAUGGGGCCGUGGAGGAUGUCCCAGCUUGAUUUUCAGGAAGAGGCGGAUAUUCGGCUCAACAAACCUUCAACUGGUGGCCGGCACGACGCUUUUGGCAUCGAGCCCACCGACGCCUACAUCGAACCCGCCGAGAGCUCAGGUGGUAAAUUGAGAAUUAAGAACGAUACUCGCGUCCCGAGGCGUAUUUCACCAUAUAAGACCAUUGUAAACGCAGCGCUUGUGCACCUGUUGCAGGGAAUCAGCCUCAACCACCCCGAUGUUGAUCCCGAAUUCAAAUGGACAAUUAUUCACCGAGAUUUUGAAGUUUCCCAGCUCCGACAUAGCGACAACGAGGACAAACGCAAGAACAUCAUGACGGCAAAUGUGCACGGCUUUCUCCAUGUCAUCGAACCAGACAAACGUGCAACACAUUGUGACACCUUGUGUAUCCUCGAGACGAAGCCUGUCCGCCGGAAGGUAGAGCCCGUUUCCAUCGCAAUGGCGGAGGCUGUCAAAAUGGCAGCCUGGAUUUCAACUGAACACGAGCUUGGCCUGUUGCCAAGCUUCCAAUCGGACGAUUCGAGCCAAGUGAAACGGAGGCUUCUCGUCUCCCAGAAUUUAGACGAGAUCUGUAUAACAGUUGCUGAGUACGAUGAGGAAUACGUUCGCUACAUCGCCAACAAAUCGUCUUCGAACGCGAGCUCAGUCAGAGCGCGGCGCAACAACCAACGGGGGCAACACGGGCAGAGGGAAUAUGAGCAUGAGGUGGAAAGUCCGAAUGAUGAGCACGACCCUCAGAGCCGGGUUCGCGAUACUCAGAACGAUGAUGCGACCGGGCGUGAUGAGACCAACGAAACGAACAAAUACCCACGACACAAUAAGGAGGAUGCUAUUGAGCAGGCGAAUAUUGGUGACAAUACCCUUGAAGAUGAUGAGAGCAAUGGGCUUGAAAGCUUUGAGUAUAACGAGCACGGCGAAGAUGACGGCUCUGAACCGUACGACCCCGAUACGUUUACGCCAGGCUUCCUCACGAUGAGGCAAUUUCCUCCCAUCCGGAUCAUCGACGACGACAAUAUUGGUGACCUUAUGGUCCUUUUGCUGUCCAUCACAGUCUGGCUCUGUAGAGAGCACAAGCGCUCCGUUGCACCCCAGUAA